AUGUCCCAAUGCCCAGAGAACUGGAUGGAGGACGAGCAGAGCUGGCUAGACUUCCAGAAUAUGGCCGCUUUGCAUGCUGGGCCCUGGCCGGCGCCGGUCUUCACUCAUGUCGAUUUUAAUCCAACCGAAAUUUUGGUCCGUGGCGAUGAAGUGGUCGGUAUUAUCGACUGGGAGUGUGCCGGAUGGUACCCCGUUUACUGGGAAUACACGUCUACGGUGACCGUCUUGUCACUCGACCCAAAAUGGCAAGAAAUAGUUGGGCAUUUCAUGUCUUCUUGUCAUUGGGACUUGACGCAUGCCGAGGUUGGAAGCGCCAUAACCUGUCCAGCGCGUCGGUCCUGUUCUCGGUCCAACUUCUGGCUUGGUCGAUGCUGA